AUGGUUGAGGAGAUGGAAGAAGUUGAAAGUGUGCUUGAGAGGAUGGAAGAAGAGAUUGUAAACCUAGCAAUGAAAACGGGGACUUGUGAGGCUGUAGCAAAACGCUAUGGAGAUGCCGUUAAAGCUUUGAAAACACUUACAGAAGGAUGCGUGAAAGAGAUUGAAGAGCUUAAAGCAGCUGUCAAUUGUCGUGAGAAAGAGAAACAAGAGCUUCAGUCUGGCCUGAAGUGUUGCAGAAAUGUGAUUGUGUGUGUUUUGGGAGUGCUUUUGUUCUUCUAUUUCGCAGCAGCUUGA